GGUCUCGGUGUAAACAAGUCGAGGCGGCUGCGAACCCGGGCCGGGGGGGACGGCGCCCACCAGGAGCGCCCCCCACUCCCAGGCCAGGCCACCCCGGCAGACCGGGCCCACGCGCGCCCAGGCGAGGUGAGGCCCACACAGACAAGGCUGCGCGCCGUUCCGCGCCCCCGCCCGGCCUGCGAGGACUGCCCCUUUCCCUGGCUCCCGCCCCCACCCCCGCGCCCCAGGUGAGCCCCGGGGUCUCAGGUAAGGUUCUGCGAUGCAGGUAAGAUGUUCUCGGCGUAGAUAAGGCCUUAGCACCCUCAGGUAUGAGCCCCUCCCCUCCUAGGUUAUCCUCCACCUUCAGCAAGGCCUUUUGCUUCCUCCAGGUGAGGGAUCCUCUCCCAGAUGAACUCUCUGCACCUUAAGUGAAACCCCAGUCCCAGUCCAAACGAGGUGCUAAAGACCAACCAAUUCCUAAUCCCCACCUCCAUGCUUCUCCUAAACUGGGAACUGACAGCCCAUCUAUUCUAACGCCCCUUCCUCCAGCUUCAGCUGCCAGGUCAGCAGGGGUGAGGCUGGAAGCAGGUGGAUGACUCACCUUGGGCUCCUCCUAGCCUCAGUUUCCCCACUGAUGCAACCUGGGGCCUCCUCACUAAGUCAAAACUGAAAUGACUCAAGUCCCUGGAGAGGCUCCUGGCUCUGGGGAAAGUAGUGAGCAGCCAAGUGUGACAGAGAGAGUCCCCAUGGCUCUAGGAGUGCCUGUGUGUGUGUGUGUGGUCCAGGUCCUCACAGAUCACUUACUCUCUCCUUGGCAGGCACUGGGCUCCCUCUGCUCCCCUUGGGCUGCUCCUCGCGUGGGGCCACUGCCCCCGGCCCCCGCCAUGGUGCGGAUUUCAAAGCCCAAGACGUUUCAGGCCUACUUGGAUGAUUGUCACCGAAGGUAUAGCUGUGCCCACUGCCGUGCUCACCUGGCCAACCACGACGACCUCAUCUCCAAGUCCUUCCAGGGCAGUCAGGGGCGUGCCUACCUCUUCAAUUCUGUGGUGAACGUGGGCUGCGGGCCAGCCGAGGAGCGGGUGCUGCUGACAGGCCUCCAUGCUGUCGCUGACAUCCACUGCGAGAACUGCAAGACCACUUUGGGCUGGAAAUAUGUAGAAUCCAUUACUAUUUCCACAUUACAGAAGAUGACAGGGACACCCAGAGAUGCUAGGUAACUUGCCCAAGAUCACAUAACUGGUAAGUAACAGAAUAGGGAAUAGAAUCCUAGUUGAUUUUUUGUUCUUUACUCUGACCCCUUGGCUACCAGCUUAUGUUAUCAUUCACACAAUCAGAAAAGUUGCCCAUGACUCCACAGCAAACUGGAGCUUGAGUUCACAGGCCUCCUUUUCCCCUGCCCUCAACUACUGCUGCUGUCCAGGGUCUAAUUUCACUACUGUCUUAUUUCCUUAUCUGGCAGUGGAAAAUAAAGCCACUACCUGGCACCCAAGAUUAUUGCAGGGAUCAGAUUAGAUGUAGCAAAGAAGAUGCUCUUGGGAAACUGCAAGGGACAGGAUUCUUUAGGCAUCACUUGGAGCUGUGGUACCUCUGUGAGGUGGAUGGAUAGAGGCAGAUAGACAGCCCUGACCCGAGUUUACCCCUGACCUAGCCAUAGAUUUGCUAUGUGUCUUUGGUGGCGUGGUCUCUCUAGACAUCUGUAAAAUAAAGAGGUGGCCUAGUCCAGGGGUCAAAAACUCAGGUGCCUGCAAGGCCAACCAGAUACCAUGGAUUUGAAAAAGGGGGAGCAUAGGUUGGGGGUGGUGAAGGGAGCAGGAUGGGGCCAAUUGAAUGAGCAUGGCCUGUCUAUAUUUUAAGGUUAUUUUUAUUAAACUCUCUGUUGUCCAAAUAAAACACAUAUAUAGGCCAAAAUGGUCCUCAGAUUACCAGUCUGCAACCCCUAGACUAUGAAAUUUAUGAUUAUUUUUUCGAG